AUGCCUUCCGCUGCGCAGAUCCCCGAGACCAUCCUUGAGACCAGCACCCGGCCGAUGGGCACGAAGAGAAAGAUCAUCUGCUUCUCUGACUUCGAUGGCACUAUCUUCAUGCAAGACACUGGCCACAUCCUCUUCAAUGCCUUCGGCUGCGGCAGUGAUCGCCGCGAAGUGCUCGACCAACAGAUCAAAAGCGGCGAGCGCUCCUUCAAAGACGUCUCGGAAGAGAUGUGGGGUUCUCUAGACGUCCCAUUCGAAGACGGCUUCGAAGCCUUGAAGAGCGGUCUAGUGAUGGACCAGGACUUCAAGGUCUUCCACGAUUUCUGCCUGAAUAACAGUAUCCCGUUCAACGUCAUCUCUGCCGGUUUGAAGCCCAUCCUCCGACGAGUCCUGGACCAUUUCAUUGGCGAAGAAUCUAGCAGCUCCAUCGAGAUCGUCGCCAACGAGGCAACGAUAGAUGAGGAAGGCCAUACAUGGAAACCGCAAUGGCGCCAUCAGAAUGAGCUGGGUCACGACAAGGCACUGUCGAUCAACGAGUACAAAGACCAAGCCAAGCUCGAAAGCGAAGACGGCACAAUUCCUAUGAUCAUCUUCAUCGGCGAUGGUGUCUCUGAUCUUCCAGCUGCUCGUGAGGCAGACGUCCUCUUCGCUCGUCGUGGUCUGGCGCUGGAAGAGUACUGCCAGAAGAACCAGAUCAAGUAUACACCCUACGACACUUUCGCCGAUAUCCAGAGGGAGAUCAUCAAGAUUGCUAAGAUCGACGAUAAGAAGACGAAGGGCCAAGGUCUGCCCAGCAACUUCAACCCGAGGGCCAACUUGUGGAGGCGUGCAAGCUCCAAGACUGCGGUGCCUGUUUUUGCUGCGAUGACGCCGAGGGAUGAGAAGAUGUUUGUGUGGCCGGAGACUUUCACCGAGGAGAAGACACUGUCUGCCCAAAGCAAGGUUGUGACCGUGUAG